UAAAUCUCCUCCUCCUCAAAGAUAUAAAAUUUUCCCUAGAAAAUUCCCGUAUUUUUCUAUCUAAACAAAUACUCCCUCCUUGCGAGAGCCCUAGAUGUCAACAUCAAGCCAACCUCAGUUCCGUUAUACCCAGACGCCAUCGAAGGUCCUCCAUCUCCGUAAUCUCCCAUGGGAGUGUGCGGAAGAGGAACUCGUCGAACUUUGUAAACCCUUUGGGAAGAUCGUUAAUACUAAAUGCAAUGUUGGCGCCAAUCGAAACCAAGCUUUUGUUGAAUUCGCAGACUUAAAUCAGGCUAUUUCAAUGGUUUCAUACUAUGCUUCAUCAUCAGAACCAGCACAGAUUCGUGGAAAAACUGUGUAUAUUCAAUAUUCAAACAGACAUGAAAUUGUCAACAACAAAAGUCCUGGAGAUACCCCUGGAAAUGUGUUGCUGGUUACCAUUGAGGGUGUGGAACCUAAUGACGUGACCAUUGAGACCAUUCACUUGGUAUUUUCUGCAUUUGGUUUUGUGCACAAGAUUGCUACUUUUGAAAAGGCUGCUGGAUUCCAGGCAUUAAUCCAAUUCACUGAUGCUGAAACUGCAUCUUCGGCGAGGAAUGCAUUGGAUGGGAGAAGUAUUCCCAGGUACUUGCUUCCAGAUCAUGUUACUUCUUGUUACCUGAGAAUCUCAUAUUCAGCACACACUGAUCUGAAUAUCAAGUUUCAGUCUCAUCGGAGCAGGGACUAUACCAAUCCUUACCUUCCUGUGAAUCCUACUGCAAUGGAAGGACUUAUGCAGCCUGUAGUUGGUCCGGAUGGAAAAAAGCAAGAACCUCAGAGUAAUGUGCUACUUGCUUCAAUUGAAAAUAUGCAGUAUGCUGUGACAGUUGAUGUUCUUCACACGGUGUUCUCAGCAUCUGGCAUGGUCCAAAAGAUUGCCAUAUUUGAGAAGAAUGGUGGAACACAGGCACUUAUUCAAUAUCCCGAUGUUACAACCGCAGCAGUUGCCAAAGAAUCCUUAGAGGGACACUGCAUAUAUGAUGGUGGCUAUUGUAAGCUUCAUCUAUCAUACUCUCGUCAUACUGAUCUCAAUGUAAAGGCAUACAGUGAUAAAAGUAGAGAUUACACAAUCUCAGACCCGAGUUUGCUUGCAACACAAGUUCCGGGAUUGCCUGCUGCUCCAAAUGCUUGGCAGAAUCCUCAGGGUGUUCCGGUGCACCAUGGUACUGACUAUUCGGCUUCAGCUGCAAUACAGGGUCAACCUCUUGCUGGACAACUUCCUGCUUGGGAUCCAAAUUUUCAGGCUAGGCUGCCAUAUGGAUCAGUUCCUGGUCAAACAUAUCAAUCGUUGACAGCCCCUACAUACGUUAAUGUGGCAAGACCUGCAGGUUCAUCACCCCUUUCACAACCUGGUGCAUCUUCCAUGCCCAUGCAGCAGCAGCAGCAGCCGCCAUGGGCUAAUGUUAGACAAGGAGGUGCAGCGGAGCUGGGUCAGCCUCCUUAUUACAGUCGAUGACCUGUGUCUAUUCUAUAAUGAAAUUAAAUGAUCCUUUGUCUAUCUUAUAUUCCUCAUAAGGAUUCGCCAAUUGGGUCUCUUAAGUUAUGACUGAAAUUAAAAUUUUUUUAUUGGAUUAGAA